GGAAGAGUCCUGGAGAAAAGGGCACACGUUCCUUCAGCGCAGUUGAGGUGAAUGCAGGAGACUGGGGCCUCUACCUGCCUGGCAUCGGUCUCAGCUCAGCGUCUUCACUAUGGUGGAUCCCAGUGGCAACGAAUCCAGUGCCACAUAUUUCAUUCUAAUAGGCCUGCCAGGAUUGGAAGAAGCUCAGUUCUGGUUGGCCUUCCCAUUGUGCUCCCUCUACUUUAUCGCUGUGCUAGGUAACUUGACAAUCAUCUACAUUGUGUGGACGGAGCAUAGCCUACACGAACCCAUGUAUAUCUUUCUUUGCAUGCUUUCUGGCCUUGAUGUCCUCAUCUCCACCUCAUCCAUGCCCAAAAUGAUGGCCAUCUUCUGGUUCAAUUCCACUACCAUACAGUUUGAUGCUUGCCUGCUACAGAUGUUUGCCAUCCACUCCUUAUCUGGCAUGGAGUCCACGGUGCUGCUGGCCAUGGCCUUUGACCGCUAUGUGGCAAUCUGCCACCCACUACGCCAUGCCACUGUGCUAACAUUGCCUCGUGUUACCAAGAUCGGCAUGGCUGCUGUGGUACGGGGUGUUGCACUUAUGGCACCCCUGCCUUUCUUCAUCAAACAUCUGCCCUUCUGCCGCUCCAAUAUCCUUUCCCAUUCCUACUGCCUACACCAAGAUGUCAUGAAGCUGGCCUGUGCUGACAUCCGCGUCAAUAUCAUCUAUGGCCUCAUUGUCAUCAUCUCUGCCAUUGGCCUGGACUCACUUCUCAUCUCCUUGUCGUAUCUGCUUAUCCUCAAGACUGUGUUGGGCUUGACACAUGAAGCCCAGGCAAAGGCAUUUGGUACUUGUGUCUCUCAUGUGUGUGCUGUUUUCAUAUUCUAUGUCCCUUUCAUUGGGUUGUCUAUGGUGCAUCGGUUUGACAAGCGGCAUGACUCCCUCCUUCCUGUCAUCAUGGCCAACACCUAUCUGCUUGUUCCUCCCGUGCUCAACCCUAUCGUGUAUGGAGUGAAGACAAAGGAGAUCCGGCAGCGUAUCCUUCGUCUUUUGCAUGUGACCACCCACACUUCGGAUCCCUAGGUGUCAGGAAUCAAACUUCUUUUUCACAGGAGGUCCUUCAAUUCAGAUUUUAAUAUCAACAAUUUGGAAGACAGUAUUAGGAAAAAAAUUCUUAAUGAAAGCACAACUGAUCCUUCAAAGAUGAAACUGAUUGGAGAAUCUCCAUCUGAGUAGGGGCAGCAGAACUGUAUACUCCCAAUCCUUAUUUUUCAAUAUUAUUUUAUCCUUUAGUUCUUUGAGGUAGUCAUGGUUGGAGGAUUAUUACUUCCUACUUAACCAUUCAGUC